GACGAGAGUCAUUACUUUUCCACUUCCAGGCGGUCAUCCACUGAUAUCAUCAUGAGGACGGAGAGCACUCAGACGUCCCCUCCCUUCUCGCCCAACCCAGAUGCUGGGAUGACCUCCCCGCUGCUGAGGCCAAACAGCGCACCCGGCAUGGUAUGUACGCAACGCAGACAGACACUCACACAGCCAUGCCAUGAAUCCAAUCCACAGAUGCUAUGCUCGCCCAGCCACAGUGUACAUAUGUAUGCAUGUUGUUCUGUCUGUCUGUGCAUUCAGGAGUCAUCUCCGAUACUGGGACCGUCGAAGCGAGGCUCCUCUUCUGUGGCGGCGACGGCGGUACUGCUCAACACCAUACUCGGCGUCGCUGUGCUCGGCCUACCUUGGUCAGUCAGUGAGUGAGUGAGAUGCAUGGAUUGGAUGAUCCAGUCAGUGUGUGCAUGUGUUGGUCGGUCGAGAUCACUUGGAUGUGUGAUGUGUCUGUCUGUCGUGAUGUCUGUCUGUGUGCAGGGCGUUCAACGCCAAUGGUCUUGUUCUGGGUCUGGUGUUUGUGUUCGCGUCGGGCUGUCUGUCGGCAUUCGCACUGCACCUCCUCAACUGCGUCGCCGUCAAACUCGGAGGUACUUACGUGAGGCACUCACCAACUCGCAAUGGGUGCGUGCGAUGGGUGAAGGGGGUGUGUGUGUGUGUGUGUGUGUGUGGCCAGGUGAGGAUGUGACGUUUUAUGCGGUGAGCAUUCGCACCUUCCCGCAGCUGCGCCACAUGCUAGACGGCGUCAUCGCCCUCAAGUGCUUCGGCGUGGCCACCUCCUACCUCAUAGUCAUCGGCCACGUCCUCCCGCCGCUCAUCGGCGGCACACACGGACUCAACGAGAGGAGCGUGAGGGCACUCUGCAUCAUCGGAGCCGUUGUGGUCAGUCAGCGAGCCCACCCACCCAACAGCCGUGAUGUCUGCCCAUGACGAUUGAUUGCAUCUGUCUGUCGGUCCCUCUUGCUCAUUCAGUUGGGUGUGGGCCCAGCAUCGUUUCCAAAGCGCAUACGGUCUUUGCGGCACACGGCGUGGGUGGCGCUGUCGUUCAUGCUGUACCUGACGCUGCUGCUGGUGCUGGGGGAGCAGAUACACACCGCACACGAGAUGGAGGGCGGCGGCGGGUCCUGGUGGGCGCACCACCAGGCCAGGGGCGUCAACUGGUGGCCGCGGCAGGGCAGCCUCUUCAGCCUCAUCAAGACGCUCCCCGUCUUCAUCUUUGCCUUCACCUGCCACCAGAACCUCUUCACCGUCGCAUCUGAGCUCAGAGUCAGCUCUGACCCCCACACAACACACCCAGCACAGCACAGCACAGCACACCAUGGUAUGUUGUGUGUGUGCGCUUCCCAUUGGCUGCAGGCGGACACAUUGGAGGCGAAGCGAGGGAGGAUGGACGUGUGCAUCGUGUCAGCUGUGGCCAUAUCGAUGACCAUUUACUACCUGUCGGCGGUGGACGGCUAUCUGCUCUUCGGAUCGGCCGUCGACUCGGACAUCCUCAACAACCUCAAAGACGCGUCAGAUGCCUCAUGGUGGCUCUGGGCAACUUGGAUCGGUACGCACGGGCUUCGGCAGGCAGUGCUGGGUGGGUGGAGAGAGACAUGGAUGUCUCCUUCGCAACGUGUGUGUGUCAUGUGUGGUUCGUCAUUCAUUCGACAGCCAAGUUGGGAAUAUUUGUGUCAAUGGUAUUCACAUAUCCGCUGCAGUGCCACCCUUGCAGGAGGUCAGUGCACUGCAGUGAGGGAAACACAACACGCACCCAAAGUGUCCGGCCGUCGUGUCAUUUUCUCACUCACCAUGUGCUGUGUGGUUCUGGGUGUGUGUGUUGUGUGCAGGUCGCUGUGGACGCUCUUCUUCCGGGGGUUGGUUGUGGAUCGUGUGCGUGAGAAGCGCAUCCUGCGUAUGCUGACAGCGUCCAUCCUGCUGCUCAGCACCAUCAUAGCCGUCACACUCACUGACCUGGGUGUCGUCUUCGAACUGGUCAGCUCAAGUCAGACAGAGGGGGGGACGGAGAGAGAGAGAGACCCGUGUCCAGCAAUUGGGAGGUCCGCCUGUCUCUCUGUCUGUCUGUAUGUCUGUCUGUCUGUGUGUGUGUUGUGUGCAGGUUGGUACGAUAGGUUCGAAUACGAUCUGUUACAUCGUGCCUGCCCUGCUGUACAUCAAACUCUUCCAAGACGACGGACUCACUAUCAAACGGUACACAACCACACACACACACAACCACAGCCACAGACAGACAGACAGACAGACGCAUCCGAAGGCACUUCCUUCCUGUGUCGUGUGGUGUCGUGCAGUGUGGCUGCCAUGGGGCUGUUGGGUUUGGGUCUGCUGAUCCUGCCCACAUGCCUCACUGUGAUCCUCAUCACACACCUGUUCGGCACACCACACUGAGGGAGACCGAUGGAUGCCGUGUGUAUGUCAGGGGGGCAACGCUGCGUGUAGUGCAACUGAGUUGAGUGCGAAUUGUUAGACAAUGCAUCGAUGCACCACACCAGGGAGUGGAGUGAGGGGUGCAGGAGGAGCGAGUGAGUGUGUAAAGAGCGUCGUCGGUCACUUUUAUUGUAUAUAUCCGGUGUAUCGCUGGCUGUGCUUCGCUCGAUCGGCCCCGUGUACCAUCAACCAACCUAUCUAUCAAUAUAUUUAUCUUCCUGUGCAGUAGAAUGAAUGAGAUGAUUUUUGUUGAGGCGUGGAUGUACUGUCAUGUGGUCAUGCUGCAAUGGAUGGAUGGAUGGAUGGCCUGCCAACAGGCCCCCCAGGUAGAUGGACACCCGUCGAUUCGAUGCGUGCGACGUGAUGUGACGAGCAGUGAGUGUCCAGACUGACCGACUGACCGUCUCAUCGAUGUUUGUAUCUAUCAAUGCUCUGCCAAGGC